AAGCUGUCUUCCCAGCGCCACUGGCCCGACAAAACGCUGCUGUAGCAGAGCCAGUCCGCACCGACCCGAGGCAGAGCAGACACACGGGAGAGAGCACGUACACACACGGAGAGUCUUUUUUUGUUCGACCCAGUGGCUUUGAUUUGCAUAUCCACUUCCACUCCUUCCUCAUUUGCAUACAGCAAGAAUGGCGAGCGGGCAUCCCACAGACAAAUUCAGUUUCAUGUAUCAACCAGACACGCACAAGAGUAAGAACAGGUUAUCUUCAGCUAUGAAUCCAGUCUACAGCCCUGUUCAGCCUGGAACCCCAUAUGGAAAUCCCAAGAAUAUGGCCUUUACAGGCUAUCCAGGAGGGUAUCCUGCCACAGCUCCAACCUAUACACCCAACCUUUAUCAAACAGGCAGUCCUGGGUAUCCACCAGGAUAUACCGCAGCAGGAACCCCAUACAAAGUGCCCCCCACUCAGUCAAAUGGAGCACCCCCUCCUUACACCCCAACCCCCACCCCAUACCCAACAGCUAUGUACCCCAUCCGCAGUGCCUACCCUCAGCAGAACAUAUACGCACAGGGAGCCUACUACACCCAACCAGUGUAUGCGGCUCAGCCACAUGUGAUCCACCACACCACCGUGGUGCAGCCUAACAGCAUCCCCUCCACAGCCCUUUACCCAGCCCCCGUCCCUGUACCUACUCCUCGCAACAACGGCAUGGCUGCCAUGGGGAUGGUAGCUGGGACAACCAUGGCCAUGAGUGCAGGGACUCUGCUGACAACGCCCCAGCACACCCCGAUCGGAGCGCACCCAGUUACUGUGCCAACCUACAGGCCCCAAGGGACACCUGGGUACAGCUACGUACCGCCUCACUGGUAGAGCCCACCCAUCAUAUCUGGAGUCCACCAUCGUAUGCAACUGCUCAAAUCUUACACGGGCUCCCAUUGGUAACCAUGGGAACUCGGCACCUGUCUGCAAGAACAAAACUAAAGUGCAACAGCCACUUUACUAUUAUUGUUAAUGUUAUUAUGCGACAUUCUCUAACGUUUUUACAAAAGCUGCUUUUAUUUUUUUGUUUUUUUUUCUCUGUUCAUUUGCCAACCAGUCAUUACCUUAUUUUGUAUGGUUAUUUUAUUUUAUUUCUUCAUUUUCUUUUGCUGUGUCUGUCAUUGGAACUCCAGAAGGACUCUUGACCAAUCACGGGUGUCGGUCGCUCCUGUUUCUGUGUUGUGCUGGUGUGUGUGGUCCUGCCUGCUGCUGCUCAGUUGGCUGGAAAAUAUUGGGCACUUAUUCUUCAUUAUCAUCUCCAUCAGUCACUACAAAGACUUAUUGACUUAUGCUGCCAAAUUUUCUAACGACUAGAUAUCAGCACAGGGUUUUAACAUAAUUAGGAUUUUUGUUUUUCGGGUUGUUGUAAAUUUUUUGAAUGUUUCUUUUAACCACAUUCAGCUGAAUUACUUUAACUUAACCAGUAGAGCUUUGUUCUUCCUUCCUCUUCAUCCUUUCUUAACCAGUUUGUUUCAUUUUCAGUUCAAUCUCAGUCGUCUUCCAGCGCUUAGCUGUCUGUCCGGCAGUAGUCAGUCCGUCAUCCCUAUUGUUACGUCUCCAUGCGAGUGCUUUGUCAGUGCUAUGAGCACUAACUCGCCAUCACACGUCGUACUGCGCGUCCCACGUUGUCCGCAUUAGCAUUGUACCUAGUACACUAAAAAAACAUCACCUACUUCAUGCUACAUACUAUGCAGGCUAGUAUGUUGUAACACUAUCAAAACUUAACCUAGCUAGAGAACAUUUCGGGGUUGUUUGGGUCAUGUCAGCUUUUUCAUGUGGUUAGCGUAGGUCAGUGCAUUUAGAAAAAUGUAAAAAUCUUUAUACUAACCGUGUCGACAGCAUGGGUGGUCACGCACACUUUCUCACUCAUCUACAAACACACACACACACACACACACAAUGCACACAGGGGCUCCUGUGGUGUUGGAAAACACACUAUCACUUAGUGGCACUUACUGUACAGUACCUCCAGUUAUGUAGUUAACUGAUGAACACACACAUACACAAACAAACGAGCAAACACACACACACACACAUGACAUGGAUUUCUGGGGGUGUGCAUGGCAGACACAGCCAGCAGAGAAGGAGUUUAAAGGGAUUGUGUUGGCAGCAGGAGAGGAGAGCAGACAGCAAGUAAGGAGGAGGAGAUGACAUAUUCACAGUCUGUCAUUUCACUUCAAGGUACAAGACAUUUGAGUUUGUGACAGCUCACCUGCAAGAGACUGCACAAACGGACAGCUAUUUUUGCACUGUAUGUAUUGUACGUUGAUUUUUCUCGCUGUGAUUAUCGUCUCCUCCUCUGUCCUUUUUCCAGGAGAGGACUGAUAACCAAACACCCCAUCAAUGAGAAACCAAGAAUAUUGAGUUUUCAGUUAAUAACGGACCAGUUAAAUACAUAAAUGUGCUAAUGAAUGGCUAGGAUUCAGACUAGUCCAUUUCUUUAGAUGUCAUGCACAUUACAACCUUCUGAUGAUGUGAGCAUGUUUUCAUUGUUGCAUUAUGUUUCCAUAUGCAGAUGCAUUUAAAUUCACAGUAUGGUGAUCCAUAUUAAUCAAGCUCAUUCUGAGUCUUUGUUUAUUGGUCCUCGGCUAAAGAAAUUGGGGGUAUGAGGUGGUAGCUAGAGAGUGGUGGUGGGAUUUAAUAUUUAGGUGAGGCCUGUGGCAUUUUUCAGGAUUUACAAAAAACAAAAAACAAAAAAAACAAGACUGAAUUCACAACUUCAAGAUCUGUAGAGUACAGAUUGGUAUAACACAAGCAUUUACUGCGCGGGUAUGUGGAUGAAGUGGUUUGAUAUUGCAAUAAAAUAAGAGGGAAUGCCUCCAACUGUUAAAAUACAGUAAUUAUUUUAUCAGCGUUUUGAAUUGAUUUUUUUAAAAACAAUAGCUUAUUGUUGUAAUCUCUAAAUAUGGAUUCAAGGCUCUGUAUGCAGCCUCCAUUCAAUAAUUAUUACAGUUACUGCUAAGAAAAGUAGAACAUAUCAAAAUUUUGGGUAUUGAAUAACAUUGUGAGGAAGUAUUGCACAACGUAAGAUCAAAAAAAAAAAAAGAAACUUGACUAUACUACUAUAAUUUAAUGCUAAGUAACAGGUACCUAGGCUUUGUAGUGCAAGACGGAGGAAAAAGCAAUUUAUAUCAUAAUUAAAAUAAAACAAUAAGGUCGAGUGUUUGAGGUAUACUUAGUCCAGAUGUUUGUACACUAGUAGGUUAAUUCUCAAGAAAAUAUUGCAUAAUGCCGCUGUCGGAUGAAAACCGCCUAUAUUUUAACCCUAUUUUUAAAUGACUCUUGUGUUUUAGACAAUAUCAAAUGGUUGUUAUUGGCUUAGGAGUCAGAAAGGGUUCCCACCACGUAAGGAUCUUGUAUAUGUACAUUUAAGCCAGUAAAACUGAAAAAAAUACGCAAACUGGAUUUUCUUGCGACAGCAGUAAUGUUACUCUGCAUUAGGAUUUAUUUAACCAACCACUACUUUUGUCAGUAUUUUUCAAUUAAAUUUUAUUUCUCUCUUCUCUCCCUCUGGUCAAUUGAGCAUAUUGGGUAUGCAUAAUAUUCAGGUGUAUUUCACUAUAGCAUUGGAUUUCUAAGUUUAAAAAAAAAACAUGCAGUAUAUUUAUACAGCAAGUGGUACAGUAAUGUAUUUCUAGCUAAGCAUGGUUGCAUCAGUGUGGCAGCUACUGUUUGUGCUUUUAAGAUUUUUUUUUCUUACCUCUUCUUCUGCAUCUCUGUCCUCUACAUAUCUGUCACUAAGGGGGGAGGAGUUAACACAAGGUCUGUAAAUACAUACAGUUAGGACUUGUGGAAUUUAUUGUCACCUACUUCCCACGUUUUUAUGAUUGUCGCCUGAAUUUGCAGACGUUGAGGGAGGUAGAGGAUGAACGACAGAACCGAAAUGGAUGCCAUUUUUUUUCCUUGACUGAAAAAGGCUGCCGUGACGCCUCUGACAGCCAUCUUCCUUGUCCGUUUCCGUUCUGUAGGUGCAAAGAUGUAUUGAAUGAUGUCUUGAAAACCCUCAGCCUCCAUGCCCUUUGUUCUGUGCCAUAUUUCACCAAUUGUCGUUCAGUAAAUAUUAGUUUCUUCUCCUAAUUAACUGGUGAAUUCUGAGUCCUUGUUAUGUCUAGCUUCCUGUGAAUCUGUGUUUUCCUAUUGCUGUCCUGUUUCUCACGUUGUUGAUGCAUAUUGCCUGUCAGACUUUUAUCUUACUGUAUCCUCUGUGUUUAUCCUAUUUUCACUUUGUGCCCUUUGGAAGCCGUUUUGCAUCCCUUCCGACAUUUAGAUUUGUCACAUUCAGGGAUGCAAAAGGAUGUCCAAUCAUAUUGUACUGUUUCCUCCCUUUUCCACUCUUAUCGGUUAUUUUAACUCUCACACGGAAUGUUUUUGUUUUUUUGCCGUUUUUGUGUUUUCAGUCCAACCUUUGCAUCCCUCACCACCCCGUCUACGCAGCAGUCAUAUUGAACUAUAUGAUAGUCAUUAAAUUGGUGUUGUUACAGUAAUCUGCUGUAUUUUAUAUUCCACCAAACCUUUUUUUAAACACUAGAUGUCACCAGUGACAAAGUCUGGAAGUGGCAUCGCUGUGGUUCAAGGCUUUGAGCCAACAUGAUAAGUUAGUUAUUUUUCCAUGUCACUCAACCAUAAUUGCAAUUGAACGUCGCAUUUUGAGCACUGAGAUAUUUGGGAGUCAUAGUCUUUUCCAAAUUGAAGUCAUUUUAUUCAGACAUUCUCAGAAAUGUCAUUUUCAGCAACAAAAACAAGACUCCACAUAAGGUCUUAUUUGUUGUUUUUAGAGGAGGAGUUCUCUGGGCUGGGGACCAAUGCUCUUAAACUGUAAUUCUGUUUUAAUAGAGGCUCAACAGAGAGGCAGACCCACAGAGCAUUAGAGAUAGCUGAAGGUAAAAACAAGUCCUACAGAGUGGGCUUGUUUUUCAGGGUGAAACUGCUUCCUCAAUUCACUCCAUUCCUUGCCUCUCAUUUGUUUCAAUUUGCACUUACGUGAAAAUGGACGGUCGAACACUUCGUUGUGUUCGGGGGGAGAGAGAGAGAGGGAGGGGUGGUGGUGUGCAAAGCUAUCUUAAUCAUGAGUCUUCUACUAUUCUUCCAUCAUCUUGUCGUCCGUAACAUUUCCAAACCUUCAUGAGGAUUUUUUGUUAGUUUUUUCCCCCCCAGUGUAUUUCAAUUUUGAGCCUUUUCACUUUGACAGUGAAAACGUGACCAAGAGCAUUCAUAACACCUCUCUUCCUCUCCUUCCAUUUUCCCCUCUCCCCCGUCUUCUUUUUUUGCCUUGCAGUUGCAAAGUCUUAGUUUUUCCCGAGUAUAAAUUAAAACACUACUAUCACAGCGUAUAGUAGGCUCUUAAAUGUCUUUGAUGUUCUGCUGCAGCUUUUUUAAUUUCAAUUUGUCAGAGAUCUCUUAGUUUAAUUUGACACUAAAUGUGAUGCAAAAAGUGGAAAUUCCUUGUCUUCCAAAAAAAAAAUUACAUACUCACAUCCCUCCCGGGUCGAGUAUUAGGAACAACCCCAUCUUUGGAAGUUUUAGUUUGGUACCCAGUUUGCACAUGCUAUGGUAUAUCUGUUACCGUAAGGUUGUGUUUGAAACUGAAGCCCAACGUCUGUUCAGCGUUGAGAGAAGUGAAUUGUAUGUUAGCUAUUUGGUCCGGAGUGAAGGACCUGCGUCAGGCUUGUGAUAUGAAGUGUAAAUCUGUUUUUAAAUUUUUUUUUUCUGUUUUAUUUUCGUUGUUGUUGAGGGUUUUUUUUUUUAAAGAUCAGUUAGUGAUCUUAGUACUAUAACUAAGCCAAGUUUGUAAUUGUAUAUUUACUGUAAAAUGUAGAACAUUGAAUAACUAUUAAAAUUUUCCUAUAAAAGGAA